GUCCGACUCCACCAUGAGGUUAUCUGUCGUUCUUGUUUCGGUGUUGUUCCUUCCGUUCAUCGAGGCUCAGGUGCCUCACUGGGGGCCGUGUCCAGAACCAACAGUUCAACCGACAUUCAACCUUAAACAGUUCAUGGGGAGAUGGUUUGAAAUUGCCAAGCUGCCGGCCCAGUUUGAGAAGGGACGGUGCAUCGAAACCAAUUUCACUUUGACAACGGACAGCUCCAUCCGAGUGGUCAGCUCGGAGAUACUAAAAGGAGAGCUGAGGAAAAUCGAAGGGAUCGGUGUCAUCGAGGAUAUUAAGAAUCCGGCCAAGCUGGGAAUAAGUUAUUCCUAUGUGCUGCCAUACUCCCCUUACUGGAUCCUGUCCACUGACUAUGUGAACUCAGCCCUGGUCUACUCCUGCACGGACAUCCUGAGACUCUUCCACGUAGACUUCGCCUGGAUCCUGGGCCGAACACGAUCCCUGCCCGACUCCACUGUUGAGAAAGCAAGGGAGACCUUUGCAAAAAACAACAUUGAUGUGAGCAGGAUGGUGGCCAGCAGGCAGCAAGGCUGUGACAAAACUCUCUAGAAAAUGUCACAAGAUGGUGCUGUUCAUGACAGACAGAAAAGAUGCUUCAACAGCUGUUCCACUUUUGUUUGAUCUUUUACUAAUGCUUAUGCUGAUCAUGACCAGGAGGGUAUACCCAACUCUGUUUCUCAGUUUAUUUAGAUCUGGAGUCUUUCUGCCUUCAUAAGAUUAUUUGUUUACAGCUGAAGGUAAAAGCAUGUCAUUACAGAACAUCAUGGAAUUAGAGGAUGUGUAGCAUCCUCAUUGUUUGUUAACAUAUCAUCAACGGUGUUUCAUUUUAUCUGGGGGCAAUGUUUUACACAAAUUUAAACAUCCAUAUGUAUUUUUGGUCAUAAUACAUUC